CGUGGCCUCAUCUGCGGAUUAAGUACUCGCGUUGCCAGACCAGAUGCGACAGACUUGAGAGACAGCUUGACUUUAGAAUUACGACACAAAACAGCUAACAUCAAGACAAAGACUUCUGACUUGGAUUUAUCAAUAUUCUAGUCUUCAAAAUACCAUGCUCGUCUUCAGCUAGCCCUCCAGCCUUGCUUGCAUUAGACCUUGCGGUAAGCAUAUUAUGCAGACAAAAAGAGCUGGACACACAUAUACGAGAUGCUGUCGUUCAUACCCUUUCACUCUAUCCAGCUCUAGCUUUCUGCCUAAUUCGAAUAUCACCCAUGAAUUAGCUAACAACAGCGCUGCCUAGCGCCGCACACCUAGCCCUAUCAUCCACUCCGGCGUCGUAACUGAUGCACCAUGUCUGCGUCUCAUCAGUAUGACCAGGUUAAUGCGCCUGACUUUCCCGAUAGUGAUAGCGAGAGCGACCUCAAUAUAAAUCUGCACGAGCUGGAUCCCCAGGCUGACUGGCAUCUCGCGGGUCCUUCAUCCAAUGAACACUCACGAAGUCGCAGCUACAAUAUGAGCGACUUUGGGAAGCGUAUACCACUGCGCAACCUGAGACCUGGUAGGCAGCAGCACAGGAUCCGGGUCCACGACGACAAUGAAGUCGGAGAACCGCCGGAGGAUGGGUCAGAGCACCACAAACACAAUCGCGACUCUGCAGCCAGCGACGACAGUGCAUUUGACAGUGCACCUCUGCUUCUUGAUGCUCAUACGUCGCGGCGGCAAAGGAAGCCGUCUGGAUCGACCCUUGCCAGGAUAUGCUCUACUUGGAGGGCUCUUAGCUUCAAUUCGCCCUCGGGCUUGCCGCUGGGAGAAGCCCUUACGGACGAUGAACCGGAAGAUGAGCACGACCCGUCCUCGAAUCGCAUCGUCCUCGUCGGGCAACGGCAGCCGACCCGAUACCCACUUAACGCCGUCUCCAACGCAAAAUACACUCCCUGGUCUUUUGUUCCCCGUACGCUGUACAACGAAUUCAAGUUCUUUCUCAACUUGUACUUCCUGCUUGUCGCAUUGUCCCAGGUGAUUCCGGCGCUACGGAUCGGCUAUUUGAGCACAUACAUUGCCCCGCUUGUUUUCGUUUUGAUUGUGACGCUCGGGAAAGAGGCAAUUGAUGACAUUGCGCGACGGAAGCGGGAUGCUGAAGCCAACGCUGAGCCUUACACCGUGGUGCAAUUUCAAAGCCGUCAAAGUCUAGACAAAAGCAAGAGGAAGAGCAAAACAACCGCAAAUGGGUUAGAGGCUAGGAAUGAGCAGGUGGAUCUUCAAUACAGCAUUAAGGCAUCGAAGGACCUGAAGGUAGGAGACGUGCUCAAAUUGAGCAAAAAUCAACGUGUACCAGCGGAUGUGGUCAUUCUACAAGGCAUCUCUACGGACCAGAGUGGAAGUAUUGAUGCUCAAGAGCUCGCCGGAGCGUCAGAGCAGCAAGAACAGCUGAUUCACAUGGAAGGACAAAGAGUCGCCGCCAUGAGCCCCCUAGGUGACGAAGAACGAACUCGCAAGGACUACGCUGGGGAAACUUUUAUUCGAACUGAUCAGCUGGACGGCGAGACUGACUGGAAGCUGCGCCUACCGUCUCCGCUCUCCCAACAUCUUCAAUUAUCUAAGCUGAUCAAUCUCAAGGUCACGGCCGCGAAGCCAGACAAGAAGGUCAACGAGUUCGUUGGAAUGCUGGAGUUAGAUGACGAAGACGUUGGCUUCGAACCUUCCGAAGGACAACGCAUGCCGCAACGUGCAGCCUUGAGCCUAGACAACACCGCUUGGGCAAACACCGUUCUGGCCUCCAGCUCAACCAUAUAUGCUGUCGUGGUCUAUACUGGGUCGCAGACGAGACAAGCUUUGUCCACUUCGGCAUCAAGGUCCAAGACCGGUCUCCUGGACCUGGAGCUCAACACUCUAACCAAAAUCCUGUGCGCCCUCACGCUCACUCUAUCUGGCGUGCUUGUGCUCAUCGGCCGGAUUGAGGGGCAGGAGGAAAGAAAGUGGUACAUAUCUGUAAUGCGGUUCCUCAUCCUUUUCUCCACGGUCGUUCCCAUUAGUCUCCGCGUCAACCUCGACAUGGGAAAGACGGUCUACGCUUGGUUCAUCGAACACGACAAGGGCAUUCCCGGCACUAUUGUCAGGACAAGCACGAUUCCGGAGGAUCUAGGUCGCAUCGAGUACCUGCUCAGCGAUAAAACCGGAACGCUAACGCAAAAUGAGAUGGAGCUGAAGAAAGUGCACGUUGGCACCGUCUCAUAUGCUAACGAUGCAAUGGACGAGAUCACGUCGUAUGUCAGUCAGGCGUUCGCGCCUGCGGAAGAAGGUGUUCUGGUCACACCAUCGACCCCAUUCAAUGUCCCCGCCACAUCAACUACGAGGACGCGACGUGAAAUUGGGUCGCGGGUCAGGGAUCUUGUCAUGGCACUAGCUCUUUGUCACAACGUCACUCCGACAAAAGAAGAAGUGGGUGGUCAAGUUAGAACAUCGUACCAAGCGUCAUCGCCAGACGAGAUCGCCAUAGUGCGCUGGACAGAGAAUGUCGGCCUACGACUUGUGCACCGCGACCGAAACGGGAUGGUGCUCGAGUCUCAUAAGAGCGCCAAAGCCGUGGUACGGGUUCGCAUCCUCAACACCUUCCCAUUUACGUCCGAGAGCAAGCGUAUGGGCAUAAUUGUGCAGUUUUUGAGUAGCGCGGCCAGCGCGGUCCCCGAGACGUGCAUGGACAGUGAAAUCUGGUUUUACCAGAAGGGCGCUGACACCGUCAUGACGUCCAUUGUCUCUGCGAACGAUUGGCUCGAUGAAGAGACAGUGAAUAUGGCGCGAGAGGGCCUGAGAACUCUCGUCGUCGGACGCAAAAAGUUAUCUGCAUCUCAAUAUCAAGACUUCUCGCUCCAAUUUUCGCAGGCGGCGAUGGCCUUGCAAGGACGCGAUAGCGCCAUGUCCGACGUAAUCAGAAAUCAUCUGGAGCGAAACCUUGAGCUGCUUGGCGUGACCGGUGUUGAGGACAAAUUACAGCAAGAUGUCAAGCCGUCUCUCGAGCGUCUCCGCAACGCCGGCAUCAAAAUAUGGAUGCUAACUGGCGACAAGGUCGAGACUGCGCGGUGCGUCGCUAUCAGCUCUAAACUCGUUGCACGAGGCCAGUACAUCCACACCAUCACCAAAUUGAAUCGCAAGGAUCUCGCGUACGAUGAGCUCACUGCGCUGCGCAGCAAGCCUGACGCCUGCCUACUCAUCGAUGGCGAGUCGCUUAACAUCAUGCUCACCUAUCUCCGUAACGACUUCGUAUCCAUCGCCGUUCAGCUUCCCGCCGUAGUAGCGUGCCGCUGCUCGCCCACCCAGAAGGCAGACAUCGCCAAGCUGAUCAGGGCGCACACGAAGAAGCGUGUUGCCUGCAUUGGGGAUGGCGGAAACGAUGUGUCUAUGAUCCAAGCUGCGGAUGUCGGCGUGGGCAUCGUUGGGAAGGAGGGACGGCAGGCUUCUUUGGCUGCAGAUUUCUCCAUUCAUCAGUUCCACUAUUUGACCAAGCUGCUAGUAUGGCAUGGGAGAAACAGCUACAAGCGAUCAGCCAAGCUCGCGCAAUUCGUCAUACAUCGUGGUCUGAUUAUCAGUGUGUGCCAAACCGUGUUCAGCAUAGCCAGCCAAUUCGAGCCAAAUGCUUUGUAUCGUGACUGGCUGCUGGUUGGUUACGCAACAAUCUACACGCUCUUUCCUGUCUUCUCGCUUGUCCUUGACAGAGACGUCUCUGAAUCUCUGGCAGCACUGUAUCCCGAGCUGUACAAAGAACUCAAGACCGGCCGUUCUCUUUCAUACAAAACCUUCUUCGCCUGGGUCGCCAUAUCCAUUUAUCAGGGGUGCGUCAUCCAGGGCCUCUCGCAGCUGCUUGUGGGCGUGGGCCGAAGCGCCACCACGACCGAGUCGCCCGUAGAUGAGGAAGACGACAAGAUUUUUAAAAGAAUGGUGACUGUCUCUUACACCGUUCUUGUGAUCAACGAGCUUUGCAUGGUGGCAGUGGAGAUCACAACAUGGCAUCCUGUCAUGAUUGUAAGCAUCGUCGGCACUGCCCUGACAUUCUUUGGAAGCAUCCCUUUUCUUGGUGACUAUAUCGAUCUGAGUUUUGUUGUGUCUGGUGGCUUUAUGUGGCGCCUGGCCUUGACCUUGGCUAUUGCCUUAGUGCCCGUCUAUGCGGGCAAGUUUAUUGGCAGGAGAUGGAAGCCUAGUUCGUACAGGAAGGUUAGAGGCACAUAAGCUGCUCGUUUGCCCAAUUGAUCUUUUUUUAAAGAACAAAAUUAAAUCGAACGCAUUUGUGUGCAAUUUCCACCGAUUUUCCACGAUACAUUACACGUCAAUAUGUUUUGUGUCUUGUCGUGGAAUACGGCCAGUCGCCAAGUAAGCCUAACUUGGGCUCUUCACCGCUUGGUCAGGAAAGGUGUCUUUUCGAGGGUUCAAAAAGAUCUUGGACAGAGCAAUGAGCAUUUGUUUAUCAAGGAAGCAACAUGUACAACAAUUCCCCUCUCCCCCCCCUUUGAAAAGAUCCAAUGGCUAUUUCGCAAUAAGAUACGCACAUGCGCAAGAACGUAUCGUGCGUGCUGCGCCACAGUCAGGAACCUACGAUACUCACUUGAACACCCCUUUUAUUAAAAAAAAAUAAGAAACGAGAAAAAUUAAAGAGUGCUGGCUUUCGAGGCCAAACCAUUCGUAUAUUC